AUGACACAGAGAUCAGUGAUGAGCGAAGCCCCUACGACACGAAACCAGCGUCGCCCUUCCCAGAUUUCAGAAGAGUGACAUGACGCUCAGGUGAUUACGUCUCCAGGUGUGACACACACACACACACACACACACACACAGGUUUAGCUGAGAGGAGGGUGGAGACGAGCUCGCUCUAUCUCUGGACUUUAACACUUGUGAUCUACGAAGGACUCUGUACUCUUCAAAUCAAGACUAAACACACAUCUUUAGGAGUCACCAGCUCUUGUGUUACGGAUCCAGAUUUCCCACAUGUUGAGAUGCCGCUGAGGACGUCGCUGCACCGCAGACCCGGCUCUGGGAGAUGGAGGUUAUCGAGGUUAUCGAGCCGAAAGGAGGUCGUGUCGAUGAACAUGAUCAGUCUUCCUCUGGCUGACUUCCGCCAUCUCUCCCACAUCGGCGUGGACGGACACACGGAGAGCUUCGGAGACCUGUCGUUCCUGAAGGAGGGCCGGAGUCUCCUGCUCCAGAGCUCCAGGAGCGAGCAGAACCUGUUCCUCACCAGCGACCCGCCUCCGAAGCCGCCCCGCAUCAGCCUGGACGAGGAUCCGGUCCGGGAAUACGGGCCGGGAACCAGAUCCGGGAACCCGGUCCGCAGGCAGAAGUGCAGCUCGCUCCCCCUGCUGGACGUCGAGGAAGAGGAGGACGAGUGUGUGGAGGCGGGAGGCAUCAUCAGGAGUCCUGCUCGAGGAAGCCUGAGUUCGGGACGAGAUUCAACACAAACAAACCCGGAGGAAACGCAGAGAGGCGAACCGGAGGAACCGGAUAUGACCGACGCCGCGUUCACAUUCAGUCUGGAUCUGGGACCGUCGAUACUGGACUCUGUGCUGCAGGUGAUGGAGAAAGUCCAGCUAUAGCUGUGUGUGUGUGUGUGUGUGUGUGUGUGUGAGACUGGAUCUCGGACUCUCAAUUGGACUUUGUGCUGCAAGUGAUGGAGAAAGUCCAGCUAUAUCUGUGAACUCUUGCCGCCUGACGUAAAACCGAUCAACAUCUAAACUCUGAACUUCGUAUCACUCAACGAAGCAAUUCCUCUUGGAAAUGUACGAUUAGUUUCAGAAUGUACCUUUUUUUAAAGGGUACAUAUCAUGCUUUUAAAUCAUUCAUUUUUACUCAUAAAUCAUAGCGUUGUGGUCUAUAUAA